AUGGUCAAACUACUCUACCCGACGUCGCUGACCCUCGACACGGCCGAGCUCGAGGGCUUCUCCGUCUCGCUGCACGCGUACGACGUCAAGCAGCCGAUCCCGGAGGACCUGAUCGACGCCGAAGUCCUGAUAACCUGGUGCAACACUCCCGACAACUUAUCGGACGCGGCGAAACGAAUGAAGAACCUGAAAUGGAUCCAGUCCCUCGCGGCGGGGCCCAACGACGUGCUCAACGCCGGGUUCGACGCCAAAGCCAUCACCGUCACCACGGGCAGCGGGCUGCACGACCACACCGUGGCCGAGCACACGCUGGGCCUGCUCCUGCUGGCGGCGCGCAAGUUCCAUGAGAUGCGCGACCACCAGACCAAAUCCCCGCCCGAGUGGCCCGCACAUCUGGGCGGACCGCAGCCCGACCGGCCGAAGGGGUCCUUCACGAGCCUGCGCGGCGCCAACGUCGUGAUCUGGGGAUUCGGCAACAUCGCAAAGACGUUGACCCCGUCGCUGCGUCUGCUCGGCGCGAACGUGACCGGCGUGGCUACGCGCAAGGGCGUGCGUGACGGCGUGGAGGUCUACGCCGAGGACGAGCUGCCUCGGCUGUUGCCCGAGACUGAUGCGCUGGUCAUGAUCCUCCCCGGCAGCGAGGCCACCAAGAACGCCCUCGACGCCGAGCGGCUCAAGUUGUUGCCCUCGCACGCGUGGGUCGUCAAUGUCGGGAGGGGAACCUCGGUCGAUGAAGAUGCGCUGUACGAUGCCCUCGUGGGCGGUGGGAUCGGGGGCGCCGCGCUCGAUGUCUUUGUCAAGGAGCCUUUGCCCACGGAGAGUAAAUUGUGGGGGUGCAGGAACUGUUUCGUCAGUCCCCAUGCCGCUGGGGGGCGGCCGCAGGGGGCCGAGAGGUUGGUGGCCGAGAACUUGAGGCGGUUUCUCGCCGGGCAGGAGUUGAAGAAUGUGAUUUGA